GUUAAGAGAAAGCAUGAAGACAUCCUACAUAUAGAUGGCUCUGAAAAUAAAGUAUCUCACAUUGAACAAUCUGAUGGCUAUACCACUGUGGAAGCCUUGGAGGAAACUGAAAACACUUUAGACACACAAAUUACACAAGAACAAGUGCUAUCUAUUACACAAGCAUGUCAAGCUGACCUAAACAUUCCCACAGCCCUGGCAUCUAUGACACCACAAAUGAGCCAUGAACCAACUUUACUGCCGAAUUCGACAGUGGAAACUCGUGAUGAUGGUGUGAAUCAGGCCUGGUUUACUACAAAGGAAGACAAAGAUAGCUUCCAAGGGAAAGGAGUAAAAUGGAGACAAGGGAUGUGGUCUAAAGAAGAAAACGAUAUUUUAAAAGAAAACAUUCAGGAGUAUUGCAAAGUUAAUAACAUCACCGAUCCAAAUACGAUUAUCUUCGACAUGUCGAAGGACGAUCGAAAAGAUUUUUAUCGAACGAUAGCAAAGGGUAUCAAGCGGCCGUUGUUUGCGAUUUAUCGGCGAGUCCUGCGGAUGUACGACAGACGGAAUUACAUCGGCAAGUACACCCCUGAAGAAGUCAAACAACUGAAGGCGCUCAAGGAGAAACAUGGCAACGAUUGGGCUACUAUUGGAAUUGCAAUGGGUCGCAGUGCCUCGUCUGUGAAGGACAGGUACCGAUUACUGAGAGAGAACUGUCAGUCGGGUAAAUGGACCGCUGAGGAAGAAGAACGAUUAUCAAAUGCUGUCCAUGAAUUAAGUGGUACGCAAACUGGCGAGGUUGUGACAACUGGAAUAUCGUGGUCCAGUGUUGCUGAAAAAGUCCAAACACGAUCUGAAAAACAAUGUAGAUCGAAAUGGCUAAAUUAUUUAAAUUGGAAAGAGAAAGGUGGUAACGAAUGGACAAAGCAAGACGAGAUUAAACUGAUCAACAAAAUUUACGAGAUGGACGUAGAAGACGAGAAUAUGAUAGACUGGAAAGGAUUAAUGACAAACUGGACAAGUGUCCGAUCACCUCAGUGGCUUCGWAGUAAAUGGUGGGCUCUAAAGAAACAUAUACCAUCCAAUAGUCAAACAUUUCGAGAAAUGGUAGAGUAUCUACAUGUGAAUUACGUCGAUACAUUACAAACGAAAAUCGAAAGACAAGAAUCGAGAUACAAGAAUAAUCGUCUGUCACACUGUUCGUAUGGAUCGGUAUUAAGAAAUAUCCAYCGACCAGCUCAAUCAAAUAUAACCCAUACUAUAACAGUAAGUAGUGAUGGCUCAAUCGUUUCGAAGGGAGACGACAGCUCUCACGGCUUUACCAACCAGGGACGAUUUGAAGUGUUGCAGCUCAAUAGUGUACCAACAACUGAAGGAAACUCCCAGCCAAACCAGCUACAGCCAUCGUAUAUCAUCCAAUCUACCUCUAUAGCUGGACAGACGUACAUAAUACAACAGCCUGCGUUAGUAGACAAUGGAACGGUACAAGGAGAGCAGGUGCAGAUAUCUCCUCAAGGUGUUGUCAUGACAGCUGUUCUUCAUCCCCAUCAUGCUGUUCGGUGCUUACCGGAGGUUAAUCCAGAACUCGCCCAAGCUAUUGUACAAACUGACAUCUCUGGGCCAAUUGAGGCGACUCACUUGGUACAAACCGAACUUCCUGUAGACCAAACUCAAGAACAAAUACAGGCAGGUUCAGAAAUCUCAGAGCAAGUGCAUUUAACAAGUCUUGCUUCUCAAGAAUCUUUGAUCAAUGAUUCUGGUAAUCAUGGUAUUGAGGAGGACAGGGGGGAUGUUCAUGCUGAGGAGGUUGUAACUGCUGUGAGAGAUAUUACAACUGGGAUGGUUACUGCUACAAACAACUCGCUUACUACACAGAGAAGUAUCAUUCAUGAGGAUAACAGCAAUGAAGCUAUCGUUAGCACCCAUUAUCAGCAAG